CUUUGCUUUCCUGUUCAGUGACAGAAGAUCUUGGUGAAGCGCAGCAAUCUUUUGGGAGGGAGGGUUGGUCAUAAGGUAGCCUGGGAAGGAGAUGGUGGAUAAUCCACAGCCCGAGAGGGCCACCAGCAGUCGUGAGUGCAGCACAAGCAGCGCAGAGAGACAGUGGCGGCUGAGUCCUCAGUUUGCAACGCAGCAGUAUUCUUCACAGAUCUGGGACGAUCUCAUAAGUCGAGUGCUUCAGAGGAAUAGGGUAGUGAUGGGGUUGGCGGCUGGGGUCCAUCCCGCCCUCGCUGCAAACGAGUCUUUGGCUGGUAGAGACCCCAUCAGCGUUGUGAAUCCCCCUCCUCUGAGGUCUUUAGGGGCGUCCCACCAACCCCUGGAUCCUCUCCACUUACCUUUGAGGAAAAAUAUUCCCCGCACAACAGAUGCGGACGACGAGUUGAGCGAGGAUGGGACGCUGGGGACUGCAGAGAAAGUUGAGGAUGAGGUUGAAGCGAUCGAGUUGGUAAACCGGAAUGUUGGGGGCCGGCAAUUGUACCUGAGCACGAUCUCGCAGCUCAUGGCAGGGGGGAUUGCGGGGGCGGUCAGUAAGAGCUGUACAGCACCCCUUGCAAGGCUGACUAUUCUCUUCCAGUUACAAGGGAUGCACGGCCCCACAAGCAAGGGUCAGCCAAGCCUUUCCAAGGAGAUGAUGCGCAUCUACAGGGAAGAAGGCCUCCGAGCAUUUUGGAAGGGGAAUGCAGUCACAAUUGUGCAUCGGCUACCCUAUUCGGCGCUCAACUUUUUCUCCUAUGAAAAGUACAAGUCGCUUUUGCGAAACACCCUGCACAUAGAAGAUAACCAGAGCCCCGUUCUCAGCAUGGGAACGAGGUUGGUGGCCGGGGGGGGAGCUGGUGUGACGGCCGCCAGUCUGACAUACCCCCUGGACCUGGUCAGGACGAGAUUAGCGGCUCAGACAAAUGUGAUGUACUAUAAGGGCAUUGGCCAUGCUUUGGCAACCAUCGCUCGGGACGAGGGCCUCCGGGGCCUGUACAAAGGAAUGGGUGCUACCCUGAUGGGCGUUGGCCCGAAUAUCGCGAUCAACUUCUGCGCAUACGAGACGAUGAAGAACUGGAUUGAGGCCACACAGCCCCAGGCUUCUCCAGUGGCAGUCAGUCUCGGGUGCGGCAGCAUUGCCGGCAUCUGUUCCUCCACCUUCACCUUUCCCAUUGACCUCGUGCGGCGCCGGAUGCAACUAGAGGGGGCUCGAGGAGCGGAGCGCGUGUACAAGGACGGAAUACCGGGCAUGUUUCGGAGUAUAAUACGGACGGAGGGCUGGAUGGGUCUGUACAAGGGCAUCAUACCAGAGUACUAUAAGGUGGUUCCGGGGGUCGGUAUCGCGUUCAUGACGUACGAGUUUUUGAAACGUUUCUUCAGGACUGCUAUAUCAUAGUUUCAGAGGGCUUGGCGUGGGGGUUUUGGAAGGGCCGGACCCGUGUCGUCGUUCGUUUCUAACUCAUAGCUGGCAUUCGGUGGUUGCUUUUUAUAUGGAGAAAAUUGCUAGCUUGCUGCCAGUAGGCCAACACUGGGCCUACCCGACAUGCGUUAGGAAGUCGCUCCCCUUAGAGCACUCUAGCGUAGGACAAUUGCCUAGCUGAUUGAGUUGUAAUCUAAACAUAACAACGAUGGCAAUCGGGCAGCCGGUCUGAGCGUGUUGCAACUCAAGGCCACAUUGAGUAGGUUGGCUGCUUUUCAAUCGGAGGUGCAUGCAGUGAACCACGAUAGAUGGGCUAUUCUGAAGCCUGAAUUCUGCA